UUCGUUAAUCGUCGUCAUUCAUCGUACCCUGUGUCCGACAUCAUAGAACUUCGACUUCUAUCUACAAAUUUUGCCAACGAGAUACAGCACUUAUUAUUUUAAUACAAAAUGCCUAACCAGGUGUUAACUAUAGAGCCGCAAAAUGAACUCAAAUUUAAAGUUGAUUUUUCAGGGCUGUUUGAGCAGGGAUGUACAACGUACAUGCGGCUAAUAAACCCAUCCAGCGAUGCAGUACUUUUCAAGAUAAAGACCACUGCACCAAAGAAAUACUGUGUACGCCCCAAUUCUGGAUUAUUGACACCCAACUCCAAAAUUGAAAUAGCUAUUACUCCACAACCGGUAUAUGUUGAUCAAAAUGAAAAGCACAAACAUAAGUUCAUGGUGCAGAGCGUCUCUGUCCCAGAAGGAAAACUUAGCAAUAUUGACCAAAUGUGGAAGGAGAUUAGUCCUGAUCAGCUCAUGGAUUACAAGUUGAAAUGUGUUUUUGAAACACCACGUGGCACUAAUCUCAAUGAUUCUGGAGAUAAUGCAGCUCAGAAUGAAGUAAACAAGAAGCGAGUGGCAGUUGCAGAUGAAGCGAAACCAACUUUGAAGGAAGACGUAGAAGGUCUUAUCCAGAAUGAAGCAAAAAGGAGGAAGGAUGAUGAACAGACGGGACCUUUAAGCGCUAAGACAACGACUCUUCCUACGUCUGAAAAUGUUGAAAAUGAUCUACAAAAAGCAUCCUUAGAAGUUAUUCACUUGCGGGAGGAAGAGAGCAAAUUAAGACAAGAAAAUUUGCAAUUAAAAGAGGAACUACUGCGCCUGCACCAAACAGCCGGCGGAGACGCUCGCGUGGUCCGCGGUCAUUCCUACGGGCCAGAGAAGCAGGCGCAAGCGCCGUCGUUACCUUGGAUGGCCACUACUAUAGUAAUGGCUCUUAUUGGCAUCCUGAUUGGCAAAUUCUUUAUGUGAAUGCUCCCCCACUACUCGCGGUGACGCCACCUCACAGACACCGCUGUUACACAACUCCCAAUGCCUCCCCCGCGCACAUGGCAGCUUAAGCCUACAAUGCGUCAGUUUUAUAAUUUCCAUUCUCAAUAUAUGUA